AUGAGCCACGAGGCUCCCAGCCGGGUCCGCUUUACUCACGACAACGCACUGUUGGCCGACAACAGACCCGUCGACAUGAGCAAGCCCGUCGUGGUCAACGCUCCGCUGGGCACCGACUCGUCCGGGUCCUCUGGCGACGAGGGUGCGCAACAAAAACUUGGUUCGCUCGAGGAAGAAGGCCAGUAUGAAUUCGCACCACCCGUCGCCACCCCUCUCGACGAUGUUCCCCCGCUCGCAGGCUCUCAAGGCUACAGCUGGGCCACCUCGAGUCGUCGCGGAAUGAUGACCCCAGGCGAACACCCGCCGCCUCUGCAGACCAACGGAGGCACUAAGGCUCGCCCCUCUGCCGUGAGGACCCCCAGCAAUGCGUACACGCCCUCAAACGCCCGCAGACCGCAGCAGUUUUCCCUCAACACCACGACCAGUAGCCACCGCACUCGGACUUCGUCUGCGAACCGCUCCCGUCGCAAUCCCAACGCCGAGUAUCGUGCCCAAGAGAAGGCAUACGUGCAACGCAUAAGGCAGGAGAAUGAGCAGGACGAGUUCUUCGACGUGCGCACCCCCAGCCUGGGUUACAGCACUGACACAGAGUCGGACGACGAGUCGCCAUCCACCGCCGACUACGCCGACAAUGACCCGUACGACCAAGAGACGUUGUUGUACUAUGGCAACGAGGACAUGCAGCCUUCUGUGGAGGAACUCAAGAUCCCCGCUAACCGGGAGCGGCUGGAGUGGCAUUCGAUGCUUGCCAACGUGCUGACGGGUGAUGUGGUCAAGCAGGAGAAGAAGAGGCUGAUUGGAAGCACUGAGCAGCAGGCCGACAGCACGCUCAAGGCCGAGAUCUGGAUGGGUGUGCGUGCGAGAGUAUGUGGACGAACGCUGCAGGCACAGAGACGACUUGUCGACGACAAAAGAGGGAACAUCCGGAACGACUUGGAGAGCAUCAUCACUUUCGAGGUCCAAGGUGCUGCCGAGGCAGGUCAGACGCCCGCAGCACAAGUUGCCGAGGUGGUGAAGAAGAUCGGACAGGUUGAGAGCCUGUAUCCCACGCGGCAGACCUUGGAACAGGCCUACCCUAGGGCAGCUUCUCAGGCGUACAAGGACGCAUGCGAUGCUGUCUUCGCAUGGAACAACACUACUGAGCUCAUCAACACCGAGAUGUCCAUCUUGAAGAAGUGGGUCGGCAAUGACGAGCUGGACUUUUCGAAGCCCCGAGCACGAAAUCCGAAUGAUCACCACCUCACUGAUGAAUCUUCCUUCAUCGACCGCAUUUUGAAGGAAGAUGGCCUCAAGUCACUACAAGGAGACGCAAGCCUUCUAGUCGCCCUCGAGAGGGUCAUUCACAAAGCUAAGGCAACAUUGAUUGCGAAUGCUGAGGGCUUUGCUGAGCGACAUCUUCCGCCGUACAUUGAGGAAUUGCUUACUUUGAUCAACUUCCCGUCUCGUCUGCUCCAAGAAAUUAUCCGCGUCCGGCUUUCAUACGCCAAAAAGAUCAAGGAUCCUUCACAGCAAGGUGUCAUGUUGGCUGAGCAGAUGAUUGCGCAAUUCCAGAUUUUGCUCACUCUUGCUGGCAAGAUCAAAGACAGUUAUAUCAUCAUCUCGAGACCUGAACCCGGAUGGGAUCUACCGCCAUGCAUUGAAGAAAACUUCGACAACGUAGUUCUCGAUGCCUUGAAGUUCUACUUCAGGAUGCUGAACUCGAAACUUUCUGCCAACAAGAACACUUUCAAGGAGGCUGAAAUCCUCGAACAAGAGUGGGACUUCUCGAAUAAGUUGGGUCGCCAGCUUGAAGGUGGUGACGUUGAAACGGCAGAACAGUUCAGCUCGCUCACUUCCAAGUCUCUUUCCCGGUUAACAGCGCAUUUCGAAAGAGAGUUGCAACGCAGGCCAGACGAAGUAAGCGGAGCUGAAAUGGAAAAGCGAUACAAGCAGAUUCUGGACUCUGUUCGUGUUCGUCAACGGAAGCUUUUCCGUUUCUCCAGGAUCUUGACUCAGCGGUUCGAAAACUGCACCGAGUACAAUAUCAACCACAUCGACUUGGAUCAGGAUCAGCUGAACGAACUCUAUGAAUCUCUCAUCAUGACGGGCCACUUUCUCGUGGAGAGUUCCGGUGGUGACAACACUGGUAUCUACAUAAUCGCGUCGCCCGCCUUACUGGACCGACCAAAGGAUAUCCAAUCACUCCUCACCACCUGUUACCACGCGGAAGAGAACCCGGAAGACCCAUCGAAUCCAUAUGCGCUGAUCAUCCGCCCUGAAGAACCUCUUUUCUGGCCGGGCAAGAAGAUGAACGCCAAUAUUCGAGAACCCCAUCUCGAUGUCAAGCCAGGUCGUCUUCGACUCGUCGCAGAUGGAUCACAGGUACGACUUGCCAAUGCCAACGCAUCCUUCCUUCAAUCUAUCGCAAUGGACCUCAACACACUGAUCGAACAGAGAGCCAAUCUACCACGUGUCAACCAGGAAUUGCAGAAGAUCAAGAAAACUGCGUGGAAACUGUCCAACACUAUCAUGGAUAGUGUUGAGAUCGUUAGGAGUCAGACAGCCGGACUUGAUUGCCAGGAUUUGAUCCAGACGUGUUUCGCUUUUGCAACCGAAUUUGGACAACGUUCGUUGCUGUACAUGGAUUACAACCGACGGGCUAUGAACAACAUCAAGUUAACAAGGCUUGCCCUUGACUGGGUCAGCUUCAUUUGCGAUGAUUGCACAGCUUCCGACCGCAAAACCUUCCGUUGGGCUGUCGUGGCCCUGGAAUUCGCCAUGAUGAUGACCAGGGGGCAGAACAUUCUCUCCAUCAGCGACGAAGAGUACUCCACAUUGCGACUAAAGGUCGCUGGUUGUAUGUCGGUCCUCAUAUCGCAUUUCGAUAUCAUGGGCGCCAGGUCGACUAUCGCUGCUCAAGCAGAGAGACAACGACAGAACGCACUUGCCGGCAAGUCUCUAUGGGAUCCGAAAAACAUGAAAGACGAUGAGGAAUCCAUGAGGUUGACCCAAGAGAGAUGGACGCAAAUGCUCGAGGAAAUCGAUGCAAUCCGCAAGGAGAAAGAAGCCGAACGCCAGGCUCUGGGAAGAGUUCUUGAAGACUCGAACGAGGCUGACCGAGCGCUGACCUUCCUGUCGUCUUCGGCUACCAACGUAACUCUGCGGUGGCAGCAGGGCCAGUUCGUGGGUGGUGGUACUUUUGGCUCUGUCUACGCUGCCAUGAACCUUGAUUCAGGUCAUCUGAUGGCCGUGAAAGAGAUUCGUUUACAAGAUCCUCAGCUCAUCCCGACAAUUGUCGCUCAGAUCAGGGACGAGAUGGGCGUCCUGCAAGUCUUGGAUCAUCCGAACAUUGUCUCGUAUUACGGUAUAGAGCCGCAUCGUGACAAGGUUUACAUCUUCAUGGAGUAUUGCUCGGGUGGCUCGCUGGCGGGCUUGCUGGAACAUGGCAGGAUCGAAGAUGAGACGGUCAUUCAAGUCUACGGUUUGCAGAUGUUGGAAGGUCUAGCCUAUCUUCAUGAUUCUGGUGUCGUGCACCGGGACAUCAAGCCUGAGAACAUCCUACUUGACCAUAACGGUGUCAUCAAGUUCGUGGAUUUCGGUGCUGCCAAAGUCAUAGCAAGGCAGGGCAGAACUCUUGCUGCCGAGCACGCUGCUACCCGACAAGGACGACAGGGAUCGAUGACCGGAACGCCUAUGUACAUGUCACCAGAAGUGAUCCGGGGUACGAACCUGGGCCGCCACGGAGCUGUCGAUGUUUGGUCACUUGGCUGUGUCAUCCUGGAAAUGGCUACUGGACGUCGACCGUGGGCAAACAUGGACAACGAGUGGGCUAUCAUGUACCACAUUGCCCAAGGCGACCCACCUCAACUGCCUACUACCGACCUGCUCAGCGAAGCAGGCAUUGACUUUUUGAAGAAGUGCUUUGAACGCGACCCAUCUGUGCGCGCCUCUGCCGUCGAGUUGUUACAGCACGAGUGGAUUAUGACUCUACGCGCACAGCUGUCGCUCGAGCCACAGACACCCAGCAGCGAGUCGGGUUCUUCUGGCCCAGGUAGUGCUUCCACUACACGGCAGAACUCUGGUUUCUAUUCCUAG